AUGGAAGCGCCGGGGCUAACGAUCGCCGGAAACUCUAACUCUACUAAUGGCCAGCUUCCAUCAACGAUGAUAGAGGAGAUUCUAUCAAGGCUACCAGUGAAGUCCUUAUGCCGCUUCAAGUGUGUCUCAAAGCCAUGGAGUUCCCUAAUCUCCGACAACCCCAGUUUUGUUGCAUCGCACUUGUACAAAGGCAUUGGGGAGGAUAAAGAUGAUCUACUCUUCCGAAGAAGAAGAAGAGUCAUAUUUACUGAUGCCGCAGGUAAUGGCCUCCACUCUAUGCACCUUGACUACGAUGAUGAGUUUCUUGCAUCAUACGAUCACGAUAAUCGCAAUCGUAACAGUUUCGAUAUCAAUGAUGACGAUGACAAGGUUGGUGAUAGUAAUUUAUUAGUAACAACAGCCACGGAGCUCCAGUAUAUUUAUAGCGAGUUAUCAGGUAUUUCGGUGUCCAUGUUGGGUUGCUGCAACGGCUUGUUGUUAUGCAUGUUUUUGUAUGACCCGCAGUUAUAUUUGAUUAACCCAGCAACAAGGCAAUCCAAGAAACUACCGGAAAUGCCAACCCAAUAUCAAAUUGAUGACCGCUACUUUUGUAACGUAUAUGGGUUUGGAUUUGAUUCUUCCACUCAUCAACACAAGGUCGUCAAUGGCGUCAUCUACAUGGAUGAAGGGGUUGAGUUUGAUGUGUAUACAUUGGAAACCAAUUCUUGGCGACAGAUUCCGUACCUAUUUCCCUACCACAUCUAUCCUUGUCGAAAUAAAGGGACCCUACUGAAUGGAAAUCUCCAUUGGUUGGGGACAAGAGUCAUCGGAGAUGAUGAUGAUCACUCAUCUUUGUUGAUUGUCUCCCUCAUUUUAACAGAAGAUCAGGAGUUUGUUCAAGAAAUGCCACUGCCGCGCGAAUUCAACUCUUCUCAAACUAGGCGUAUUAAGCUCGGGGUCUUCAGGGAAUGGUUAUGUGUAACGCAUGAGGGUGAUUAUGAUCAAACAACAUACAAUGAGUUUUGGGUCAUGAAGGAAUAUAGAGUUGGCAAGUCUUGGACUAAAAUGAGGGUCUCCAUCCCAUAUUGGGACUUGUCAAAUUCUGGUUUCUGGACAAAGUCUCAUGAUUUGAUGGUGUUUGGAGAAAAGUUAGUUAUGUACAAUUUUAACAAUCACAGCUUUCGAAAUCUAUGCGUUCGUGGAAUCGGCAAAGUUAGUAGUGUUGAAACCUACUUGGAGAGCCUUGUUUCACCUAAAUAG